CCGGCCGGUUCCGGAGCCAUCUGUCGGUCCGAUACGACAGCGGUCAGCUGCUCGCCUUGUGUAACGUUCAUUGAGUAACGUCGAAGCGAGAGGAGCGGCCAAAAGCAGGACUGCAGUGAGCAGGAGAAGUCAGUGCCACCGGAGACACGGUGAAGAGUGCGUGAGUUGCUGCUCAUUGUCGCGGAUGUUGUAUGAUAACAUGUGUCCGACGAUUGUGUGAGAGAUUUAAAAAAAUUGAAGCAUUUGGACUUGGGACAUCAACGGCACACGUCAUUAAUGUUCUUCAUGGCGCGUGUGAACUUGAAGAAAAAAUUGACUUCUCCUCAGUGAAAUAUGGCGAAAUAAUUCAGCUCAUCUGCGUAAUAUUUAAAGUAAUACAAGACCAAGGUAUAAUAACAGACGUUCAUUAACACGCUUACUAUAAUGUGGAGACACGUUUCUUACUCUCCUCGUACAAGUAGUUGGUGCGUCAGUUAGAGGGCAGAUUGCAUCAGCGGAGAAAGGCCAGAAUUACCCAGACGCAAAUAAAUUUCUUUAGACGCGUGUGUAGAAUUAUUUUUCAAGAAAAUUGAUGAUGAGAACCAUAUCGGAGAAACAAAGAUUUUGAUUACAGAAUAUUCUAGUUGAAAUCGCCAUCCAACUGGUAAAUUCUUUUACCUGCAUGUUUCUAUGGACAAUUUUAGGAAAUCCAUAUACACACCGGUUAUAUGAGCGAACUGCCUCUAUUGGCUGACUCAUCUUUCUCUCUUCCCCUCCACUGCAUUUGUAUUGCUUGAGUAUCCGGUUUACUAUUGUGUGUAACAUUUCUUUUGUUAACGACGUGGGCUGUUGCCCGUGCAUGUGCGUACAUGUCCGGAAUAGCCAUGCAGGUUCAUGCCUGUUAGCUGCUUGGUUGUUGUCAUACUCUGGAAAGGCAAUUUCCAUAUUUGGCGAACUUUCGAUAAUUGCUCUUUAUCAAGUCAGGCUCAGUGAACAGAAGCCUGACAGUAAAUAAUAGUAAACAGUAACGAUAAGUAACAAGAAAUGCAUUGUUGUUUAACUAGUAACAUUGACUUCCUAAGUGGAAAAAUAUACUAGGAGAAUGAUGUUAGUGUAAGUGGCAACAAUAAAAUGAAGAAACUAUUUGUGAUAAACUAGAAACAGAAGCUGUAAGAAGAACAUUAAUGUGCAUCAACAAGUAGAAGUUGCGUUGUGAUUUAACGAAAAGCUGAAAGAGAGGAGACGUUUUGUUGCCAUAUUGCUGCAGCUGGUGCUUUACCAGACGAGGGGCUGGCAUGCGUUGCGAAGGAUAUAUAAACAAGAUGUACAACUGAGCAGAUGUUCUUCCCAGUAUAGGGUAGGGAGGUUCGCGAAUAGGAUACUAUCCUAUGGUAGGUAAUAGUAAGAAUUCGAUAGGGAAGGGAACAUGAUAGAGAGAUAUGACCGAUUUGUACACAACGAAAUAAGGGGAACGCAAACAGAAGACGAGACGGGCAGGACUGUCACGGACAAGAUAUUAGCAGCUUCUGUGAUUGUGGUUUCUGUUGGAUCGUGCCAGAAUGGUUCGUAGCCUGGCCCAGUGGACCAAGACGCUGAGCUUCCCAGCUCGCAUCUCCCCACAAAAACAUCAGCAGCACCAAGUAACGGCGCCAAAGAGCGAAUGCCCCGUCAUCAGCGCAUCUACUGGCCCCAAUAAUACGACAGACAUUUAUCCAGACCCGGACUCAGAAAAAGCCAUCAUGGGCUCUGUGGUAUAUUGCAUCCACCACAAAGAAGGCUGUAAGUGGACGGGGGAGCUGCGGAAACUAAAGGCUCAUCUUAACACAUGCAAGCAUGAUGCUGUUCCAUGCACCAAUAAAUGUGGGGCGCAGAUUCCACGUGUCCUCAUGGAGGAUCAUCUUAAGUAUACAUGUCCACAACGGCGGGCGAGGUGCGAAUUUUGCGGCAAGGACUUCACUGGCCACACACUUGAGAAUCAUUCGGGCAGUUGUGGCUUUGAGCCAAUAUACUGUGAAAACAAGUGUGGCAUGAAGGUUCAGAGACGACAUCUCACACAACACAAAGCGGCAGAGUGCUCCAAGCGUCUGGUGCCUUGUCGGUAUUGCAGCAAGGAGUUCGUUGCUGAUACCCUACAGGUGCAUCAUACAAAGUGCGGUCGCUUUCCAGUUGCUUGCCCCAACCAAUGUGAUGCUUCCAUUUUGGCACGGGAAGACCUAGAUCUACACCUUAAGGACCAGUGUCCUGUAUUUGGCAUAUGCUGUCCUUUCAGAGAUGCUGGUUGUAGGUUCAAGGGGAAUCGUUACGCUCUGGAGAAGCACGUUGAUGAGAACACAAAGCAUCACCUUGAACGUAUGUGUUUUGUGGUCUCCAAACAGCAGCAUCAGAUUGCCAGUCUCAAGAGCACCCUCUCUCGGAUGUCUCUUAACUAUUCAGGAACACUCAUUUGGAAGAUUAGUGACUACACAUCAAAAUUGGCUGAAGCAAAAACAAAGGAAGGAAUGGAAUUAGUCAGUCCACCUUUUUACACUAGUCAAUAUGGAUACAAGUUGCAGGCAUCUGUGUUUCUCAAUGGCAAUGGUGCAGGAGAGAACUCUCACAUUUCAACAUACAUCAAGAUUCUACCUGGCGAAUACGAUGCUCUGUUGCGCUGGCCUUUCUCCCACUCUGUGUCCUUCACUCUCUUUGAUCAGUCAAGUGUUCCUGAGAAUGCCUGUAACAUUGUUGAGAGCUUCAUACCGGAUCCAACAUGGAAGAACUUUCAGCGCCCAAGUAAGGAACCAGAUUCAUUGGGUUUUGGUUUCCCUCGAUUUGUGUCACAUGAAAUGCUGAAAAAGCGGAAUUUCCUCAAAGAUGACACAAUGUUUAUUAGAGUGAAGGUUGACCCCAGCAAGAUUGUGGCUGUAUAAAUUCAUGUCUGUAACUCAUUAAGCAUUCCUGCCAUAUUACAUUCAAACAGUCCACACUUCAUAUCACUGAAGUAUUGAGAGCACAUUAUUAAUGUGAUACUCUCAAGACUCAACCUAUAACUGGAUUAUACAGAGUGGCCCAGAAGUCACUCCACCUAAAACAUUCUCUUGUAUGAAAAGGAAUGUUCAGAUUUAAACCUGCCAGUCAAUUUGUAGAAUGGUAUCACAGCAUUAUGAAGUUUGCAUUGAACACUGAGGAAAUUCAGCAGGUAAUAAGAAAUUUCUAACUUACUUUACUAUACAUUUUACUAACCAGUUAACUGAAUUUUGGGUCCACCUGUGCACUGCAGGUUUUAACAAUUUGGCAAACUGAUGCUUGGAACUGUAAUAUUAUGAUCCAUGUAACUAUGGCCCUCUACCUGGAAUCAUAAGAAUAUGUUUCAGUGAUUUACUUUUUUGUAUAUUUAUACUAUGCAGUGUACAUGCAACAGAUCUCUGUAUAACCACCCUCCCCCCACAGAAUAAAGAAAAUCUGUUUGUCUUGAUAAUAUACAUUUACACAAACUAAACAGUAUGAUGCCUCCUUAAUAUGUAUAUGGGGAUUACAAGUGUAUAGAUUUUAGGACAAUUAUGAAGAUGAAAAGUGUGAAAAUUUGGAAUUUUAUUAGGAUCGCCUUGUGAAUGGAGAAUACUGCAGUGAGGAUAGACCACACUGUUAACCUUCUGUAGCUCUAGAAAGAAUGUGUUAGUAAGAACUGUUAUUUGUAUAUAUGUAUAUACAAUAAUCAUCACUGCAUUUACUGACGUCAUGCAGCAAGUUUUACAGCGAAUCUCAAACUGCAAUGUAUUUUCAUGGAACUACCAAAAGUUAAAUAAGCCUGAGUGAUAAUAAAAUAGCCAAAGAUUAUGAGGCUGGGAAACAAGCAUUUAUGUGUAAGUUAGGUCAGUUGUAUUUCAUGUUGUAACAUUCAGAAAGUAGAAAGCUGAUUCAGAUGCUGGAUUCACAAUUGUAAAUGGGGUUACGUAUUUCUCUAACACACACCUCCAUCUUUCAGGCUCCAUAGUGAAAUUCUGGCCCUGGCCUCCUUGACCACAGCACUGCAUAAGGUUGUCAACCUUUCUGCAACUCCAGUUAGUAAUACCUUCUGGUUUUCUGAAGUCCUGAAGAUAUCCAGCCACCUCACACUUCAUCUGCUGAGUCCUGUUUGCCAUUAAUGCUUAUUAUAAAGGUUAAUGUGUUAGCAUGCCCA